AUGUCGACUUCAAUGAACACUUUGGAAAUAUCGAACCUUGGCAGCUCUGAUGAGCGGAUUGCAGCCAGGCGACAACGGGCAGAGGCCAAGCUCAAGCAGGACAAGGCUGGGAUCCGAGGGACAGAGGAAAUUGCUUGCGCUUUAUUGCGGCAGUGCGUGUUUGUGGGCUGCCUUCUGGAAUGGUCCAAUGGCAAGGAGGAGGCGGAAGGUAAGAAGACCAAGAAGGACGACACAGCAGAGCAGAUUUCACUCGGCAAAGAACAGUAUGCAAAAUCGGUGGCGGAACUCGAGCGCUUCCGAACAGAAACUUGGGAAGAGUUGACCAGCAUUCGUGUACGUUUCGACGACCAGGAGAACCAGCGUCGCAUCGUCGAAGAGAACAACCGUCUAGACAGAUACGAGGCUGCUGGCCUUGAUGGCAGCGUCGAGGCUCUCCAGAUCGAAGCCGUGACCAGCGGACGCAAGAAUGCAGCUAUUGAGAUGAAGUGGGCCGACCUUCUAAACAUGGACAUUCCGCAGGAGCUGAACGACCAGCUCCAGUUUCAGAAGAUUGCUUGCGGAGACAUCAUCAAGCCGUCCUCUCAGGAGGACUGUGAUUUCUUGUGGUCCAAAGAUAGGCGGAUAGACGACUUCAAGGCCGAGUUGAAAAACAAGGAUGAAGAGUACAUCAAGAUGCUCAAACAGCAAAGUGUGGACAUCACUACCCUCAUCUCCAAGAUGCGGGAGCAGUAUCACGCUCUGAGACAACAUUACGAGAAAGAGCUGGAAGAUAUCGAGCAAGCGUUUGAAGACGAGCGAAAAGAGAUGCUUCAGAAGAAUAAAGCGGAAAUAGAGGCACUGUUUGAGAAGAGAAGACAAAUGGAGGAGAAUGAAUUCCUCGAAAGACGGCAGGAGCGUGAAAGAGGAUUCCAGCAGCAAAUAGAAGAGCUCAGAACGGACAAUGCCGACGGAUACAAUAAGUGCAAAAUUGCACUGGAAAAGGGUAUUCAGGAACUAGAGCAGCACUUGGAGAAGAUGGUUGCGACAUACCUCCUCAACAAGGAGAAGCUGGAGUACAAUCUCCAGGUUCUCUCUGAACGAAACAAGGAGCAUACUGCCAUCCAGUCUUCGUACAAAAACCGCUUGAAUCGACUUCGGGAGACUCUGAAUACCCUGAUGGGUCGGUACAACACCUUGGACCAGAAGUACAAGACUCACAAUCACGAGCUCACAGAAGAGUACAAGCGCCUGACCAAGCAGUUCAAGGACCUGCAGGAGAAGUUCCAACACUUCGAGCAGGCCGACGAGAAGAAGUUCAGAGAGGUUUGGGAGAUGAACGAGGCCGAGGUGCGAGGUCUUAUGACCAAGGUCCUCGAGGCAGAUCGGCUUCUUCAUGAACAGCAGCUAGGCCACGAGUGGGUCCCUCCAAAGGAGGAGCUGCUACAGCAGGAGUUGGACACUUUCUCGGAGUCGGGCACGACAACCGGGAAGAGCACGGCUCUGGAGUCGGCCGAAAUGGGGCAGUCAGACUCCGGGAAGUUUUCUGCAACGAAAGUCAAGAAGGUAUUGGAUCUCAUAAAAGAGGAGACCCAGUUUCUGCUCGACAUGAAGGCAACGCCGCUCUUGGAGGUGCGGAUCGCGACCAGCGACAUGGAAGCGCAGGAUGGGACGCUGAUUCCCAGGCUUGCCAGCAUGGUGAACCGAGCCUAUGGUUACAGGCGAAUCUCUGAGCAUGAUGUUCGCAGUCGAGUGGCCAUGGGGGAUGGUGGAGGCUGUGCCAACAGAGUGUUGCAUUUGGCCUUCCGCGAUUCUCAGCUUGUUGGCUGCUGCUCCUCCACCAUACAGCCGCCAUUUACGUGCUGCGGCUGCGGACACUGGGGGCUGAUGGUCGUGGAUCCUGCAGCACAGGGCUCUGGCGUCGCUUCGGCGUUGGCGGUGGCGGCCGAGCAGCGUCUAGCCCGGGCAGGGUGCGUGGCGGUGCAGAUCGAGUAUCAGUUUACGGUCGGCGACGAGUUUUGUGAAAGGCUGCGUGGCUGGUACGAAGGGCAGCUUGGUUUUCGAUGCCUCACUGGGGCGCCCAGCGCCGUCACAGGUUUCGUCUUUGCCACAAGUGGCUACGUCCUACUGGCUGCUCACAUUGCUGUGCGUGACCAGCUGGCCGAGCUCCCUCCCGAGCAGCGGGACGUCUUGCAGAUCGAUGCCCUUCUUCGCUACAUCGGCGUGGAAGGGCAGCAGGACGUGGAUUUGCUGGUGCAGGUCUUCUAUCGUGGUCAGGAAGAGGACGACGAAGCCCUGAUGGUGGAGCCCGAUGAUGUACUCCAACUCUUGAAAGAUUUCAUAGAGGAGAAGGAGAACAUGAGGAUCGCGGACGUGGCUCCUGAUAAGAAGAAAAAGGCACGGACCCAGCAGCUCGGCAGCGAGAGCGAGGCAGAUCGCAAGGCACGCCGGCGACGAGAAGAAAGGAAGUUCUGGGAGCGAAUGGGCCACGUGAUCCCAGACAUGAACUUCCGUGUUUGGAAGGCAUUGGACGUGUUCCUCAAGCGCUACUAUGACCUGCUGCAAAAGCGAAGCAAGGCCAUCGACUCUGCAGUCUGCGCCCUUAUCGCCUGUGUGCCAGUCACAAUGCAGAAACAGAACGAAGAGCUGAAGGCACUGUUAGAUCAGUACUUGGGCUCGAAAGUUAAUGAGGAACUGCAGGUGCCGUCCGACACUGAGUCCAGCUGCAGUCACAAGGAAUCGCCAAAGGUUUCGGACGAAGCCUUCCCUUUGCAGCUUCCUAUGUGA